UGAUGUAGCGUAUACACAUGUUACUUAAUAUUCUAAUAAAGAUUGACAUAAAUUAGUUCAUAUGUAUAAAUUAUAUAGAAUAGAAAAAUAUUUAUAUAUCAAUGAUACUUGAUUAUUAUAAAUAUAACAUGUUAUAAUAAAUCAAAUUAAGUAAAAUAUUAAAAUCAAUUUGUAAUAUAAAAAGUUAACCUCAAUGUGUCUAUCUUCAAACUUGUAACGAUUUAUUCAAAAAUGGCUAGAAUGCUGAAAUUUCUUCAAACAAUAAGAAAUAAUUGGAAAAAAUCGACAUUUGGUGCUGUUGCCUUAUCAUAUGGAGUCUCAUACAGUAAAGAGUCAUAUGACACCCAACAAUUGAUGAGACAAUAUUGUGAAGAUAUAGUAAAAUAUGGAGAUGAACCUUGUCCUACAACCAUGAAACCUCGUCAUGUUACAGUUAUAUUAAAUCCUGCUGCUAAAAACAGAAAGGCGAAAAAAUUAUUUAAAAAUUACUGCGAGCCAUUAUUACAUUUAGCUGGAAUUGCAGUAACAAUUGUGCAAACGGAAUCAACAAGUCAUACGCGUAGUGUAGUGGAGAAUUUAGAUACUCCAACUGAUGCUAUAAUUGUAGCAGGAGGAGAUGGUACUUUAUCUGACGUUAUAACUGGUAUAAUGAGAAGAUACAAACACAAUCUUCAUUCUGUCAAACAAUGUCCAAUUGGUGUUUUACCAUUAGGAGAAACAAAUACUGUUUCUUGUGCUUUAAAUCCUUGGCGCUUUGAUGAUUUACUUGAAGUACGUGAGAUGACAGAGGCUACAAUGACUAUUAUAAAAGGCAAUCAUAAGUUUAUAGAUAUUAUUGAAGUUUAUUCACUUAAAGAAAAUCCUGAAAAUGAAUUAAAACCAGUUUAUGCAGCUGGAACAAUAGAAUGGGGUGCUUGGCAAGAUGCAUAUAUACAAAGAAAUAAGUAUUUCCUUGGAAAAACUUUAAGAAAAUAUGCAACUUAUAUAUUUAAUGGUUACAAAGAUAAUUUAAAUUGGAAUUGCAAUGGAUUGUUAAGAUAUACUAAACCUUGUACAGGUUGCUCACAUUGUUAUAAAAAUUCAAAUAUUGAUCAAUCUACACAUACAAAUAAAAGAUGGUGGCAUGCAUUUGUGCCAAAAAAAGCAACAUUUACAUCAGACAUGGUAAUUGACUACAGCAAAAUAACAAAUGAAAAUUGUGGCGUUUUUUAUGAAAUUCCUAUUUCAACAACUGAUUUAUAUAUAAAAACCUCAACUAUAGAUAACGCCGAACUUCAUAACCAUUCUUCGUUAAAAAUACAAUUAGGUCCAAAAGAUAUAGAUUAUAUAUCAUUUGUUAAUGAAGGUUGGAGGAGAAUAAAUGGAAGUAGAACCUUAAUAAAUUCCUCAUUUGAAGCAAAGGAUAUUGAAUUGUACCCUGAAAAGAAUGAUGAACGAGUAUUUUAUAUUGAUAACGAAGAAUUCGAAUUAACGGCAAUUAGAAUGAAAUUACUUCCGCAAUGUAUAAAAAUAUUUUGUUCUGAUAAGAAAAAUAUCAAUACACUAAAUAGAUAAUACUGCUAAUAUAAA